AGCAGGUGCAUUUGUCUGCAUUGAUUGGGUGCAGCGUUGACACUUCAGGGUACAGUUCAUGCUCUAACUCCUUCACAAGCUGUUGUUUCUCAGUUCGUCCUUUCUGUCGCAGCCCUCCAGUUUCAGGUUUUAGCCCGCAGAAGAAUGAGUCUUGAGGGCGUCAGAGAAGUUGUGGAGGUGGAGCAGGAUCAGGUCCGGGUCCAGACUGACAAUACUGAGGACAGAGUUGUGAGGAGAGACGGGGUGCUUCCCUCCCUGCUGCGCGGCCUCUUCUGGCCCUUUGGCAUCGUUGUGCGUGCAUACCGCGGCUUUUGGUGGGUGCUGGGCUUACGGCAGCCAAAGGAAAACGUCCUCGUUAACCCCACGGUUUCCAGCCCUGGGCGCCAGAGCCUCACAGGCCGCAAGCGCCUGAGCCGGGUCACCCGCCUGUUGCUGUCCGUCCUGCCCCGCUGGAUGCAGAGUGCCCUCGGAUAUCCUGUGUCCAGCAGAAUCGGACUGGCCCUGUCCCCAGAAAUCAGAGUGUCUCCUGCAAAGCCCUGUGGAAAGGGCAGCAAGAGAAAACAGGAUGAUGUGGAGGAGGAUGAUGAUGAUGAUGUGGAGGAGGAGCAGCAGACUUGGGUGGAGGCGCUCUCUCAGGAGCUUGCUGACGAUGAUGGACCUGAGGUUGACCCUGACUAUGAGCCCACCUCUGUAGAGACGGAGAGUGAAGAAUACCGCUCGCACAAUGACACAGAAAGUGACCUUGAGGUUUCGGAGAAGGGUGUCGUCAUUGAUGACGUGAACACGGAAGUUGAUGUGUCCACUCCUGAAGUUUCCUGCCCUGAUGUUUAGCGUGUCAUAUUGAGUGUCUUUGUUGUGGGUCAUCCUUGUAUGUUUAUAUUUCAUAAUUCAAUAAAACUUUAUCCCUUUGC